AUGAAGUUUCUCCCCCUCCCUGAACUCGAGGGUGUGACCUCCGCCCUGAACUUCGACACUGCCGAUUGCCAUAUCGUUGGAGGAUGCGACGUGUACACUACAAAGGCUGCUCGGUCCGAUCGGAAACUGUACCGGAACAUUGAACAGUCCCUCGAAGCCCAGUAUGAAUCCACCCUUCGUCUAUCGGCCUCCCUGUCCCCGCCAAACGCCUCAGACGCUGCCGCAACGCUGAAUCUGUCGCGUUCCAGUCCAUUUGGCCCUCUCAGCGACCACUCGAGUCGACGCACUUUUGCGUAUUUGAUUGCGACACUCAACGCCAGUCAUCCAGACUACGACUUCUCUCACGUCCUUCGACCCGCGGACUUUCACCGCGAACGAAAUCUGAAGAAAGUAGUCAACACGGUGGAUUCGACGCUUUUUAAUCUUCGUCCACGCGAAUCGCCAGUCGUGACCCCUCCGUCGUCUGUACCUUCAUCUGUGACAUACCCUACGGGCUCCUCUUCUGUGUGGAAUCCGAGAUUGUGGAGGUUAAUCGACGACAAGAUGUCACUGAAAGAGUGCUCGAUCUACUCAUACUCGCCAGACGAGGACCCGGCAGACGCGGAUGAUGGAGCGAUCUGGAGCCUGCACUACUUCUUCUUCAACCGGCUCCGGAAACGCGUGUGCUAUCUGUACAUCCGGGCUAUUCCCAUUCUCAGCCAUACACCACCUGAUGGAGUUGUUACCCCUACGGCCAAGAGAACAUUUGACGACGAUGAAACACUCUCCGAGUUUGGCACAAGUAAACGGGCUCGGUACUGGUUCGGCGAGUUCGAUGAGUAUGAUAUGGCUAGUGAUGAAGAAGUCGGCAAGCAAUCCAACCAUGUAGUGGAUGAAAAUGACAACUACCUGUUCAGCGACGAAGAGUUUCGGUCGAGGUCUGGAAGUAAAGGUACCAUCCGAGCAAUGAGUGAAGAGAUAGUUGAGACUAUGGAGGUCUAA